AUGCAUCCUUCAGCAGAUGAUGAUGAGACGUGGCGCGACAACUUGCAACUACCAACUAAGGACACUCGAUACCAAACUGAAGAUGUAACUCUAACGCGAGGGCAGGAAUUUGAGGACUACUUUCUGAAGCGCGAGCUCUUGAUGGGCAUAUUUGAGAAGGGGUUUGAGCGACCCUCGCCUGUCCAGGAGAGAGCGAUUCCGAUUAUACUCCAGAACCGAAACGUUCUCGCACGUGCUAAGAAUGGGACUGGCAAGACUGCAGCGUUCAUUAUUCCCUGCCUCGAGAAAACAGACCCCUCGAAAAAAUUUAUACAAGUGCUCAUCCUAAUCCCAACUCGGGAACUUGCACUUCAAACAUCAGCUGUAGUCCGUGAACUUGGGAAACACAUGAAAGUUGAGUGCAUGGUAUCCACUGGUGGGACCUCCCUGAAGGAUGACAUUAUGCGUCUAUACAAGCCUGUCCACGUACUUGUCGGCACGCCAGGGCGCAUUCUUGACUUAUCAGAGAAGGGCGUCGCAGCAUUGGGUCGCUGCCAUACGGUCAUUAUGGAUGAAGCUGACAAGCUGCUUUCGCCGGAGUUUGAGCCCCUCCUGGAAAAACUCGUGCACCACUGCUCCCCCGAGCGCCAGAUCUGUCUCUUUUCAGCGACGUUCCCUGUUACGGUGAAAAAUUUCAAGGAAAAAUUCAUCCACAAUCCCUACGAAAUUAAUCUCAUGGAUGAUCUCACGCUAAAAGGCAUAACCCAGUUUUAUGCUUUUGUUGAGGAAAGACAAAAGGUGCAUUGCCUACAUACACUAUUCACCAAGCUUGAGAUUAAUCAGUCAGUCAUUUUUUGCAACUCAGUCAACCGUGUGGAAUUACUCGCCAAAAAGAUCACCGAACUCGGCUACUCGUGCUUUUACAUCCACGCUAAGAUGCAGCAAUCGCAUCGUAAUCGCGUCUUCCACGAGUUCCGCAAUGGCUCUACUCGUCACCUCGUUUCCUCCGACCUCUUCACACGUGGUAUUGACAUUCAGUCCGUUAAUGUUGUCAUCAAUUUUGACUUUCCAAAGACGUCUGAAACCUAUCUGCAUCGCAUUGGGCGUGCAGGUCGC